GCGGCGGCGGCAGCGGCAGCAGCUGGCGAAGCGCAAGGCAGGCAGGCGGGCGGGCAGGAGGAGCCGACUCGGCGCAUCCGACGACGGGGGAAGCUGGCGAGGGUCGGCCAGGGACGCGGGCAGCGGCAGAGGCAGGGCGCCCGCCCGCCCGCGGCACCGGCCCCCCUGGAUGGCAUGUGGCUGGUCACUUGCCUCCUGCUGCUCAACUCCUGGACCAGACCCGUGCACACGGAGGAUGUUGCAACCAGCCUCUACUUUGUGAACGACUCCAUCCAGCAGGUGACCUUCUCCAGCACUGUCGGGGUGGUGAUCCCCUGUCCGGCUGCCGGGUCUCCCAGUGCCACCCUUCGCUGGUACCUCGGCACUGGGGAUGACAUCUAUGAUGUCCCACACAUCCGCCACGUCCACGCCAAUGGGACGCUGCAGCUCUACCCCUUCUCGCCAUCUGCCUUCAACAGCUUCAUCCACGACAACGGCUAUUUCUGCACCGCAGAGAACUCCGCGGGCAAAAUCAGGAGCCCAAAUAUCCGGGUCAAAGCAGUUUUCAGGGAACCUUACACAGUCCGGGUGGAGGAUCAAAGGUCAAUGCGUGGAAACGUGGCUGUUUUCAAGUGCCUCAUCCCUUCUUCGGUGCAAGAAUACGUCAGUGUUGUGUCCUGGGAGAAAGAUACGGUCUCCAUCAGCCCAGAAAACAGAUUUUUCAUUACUUUCUAUGGUGGAUUGUACAUAUCAGAUGUCCAGAAGGAAGACGCCUUGUCUACCUAUCGGUGUAUCACCAAGCACAAGUAUAGUGGGGAGACACGGCAGAGCAACGGAGCCCGGCUCUCCGUCUCAGACCCUGCAGAGUCCAUCCCGACCAUCCUAGAUGGCUUCCAGUCCCGGGAGGCGAAGGCCGGCCAGCUGGUGGAACUGCCCUGCAUUGCCUCGGGCUACCCCAACCCUGCCAUCCGAUGGAUCAAAGAUGGCCGGCCGCUGCCUGCUGACAGCCGGUGGACCCAGCGCCUCACAGGGCUGACCAUCAGCGACCUGCGCGUGGAGGACAGCGGCACCUACGUCUGUGAAGUCACCAACACCUUUGGCUCCGCUGAAGUCACGGGGACCCUCGCCGUGAUAGACCCUCUGCACGUCACCCUCACACCAAAGAAGCUGAAGACGGGCAUCGGCAGCACCGUCAUCCUCUCCUGCACGCUCACAGGCUCGCCCGAAUACACCCUCCGCUGGUACCGCAACACGGACCUGGUGGUGCCGGACAACUUCAUCUCCAUCCGGGGCAUCAACAACGAGACGCUGCUCAUCACAGCUGCCCAGAAGAGUCAUUCGGGGGCCUAUCAGUGCUUUGCCACCAGAAAGGCCCAGACAGCUCAGGACUUUGCUGUCAUUGUGCUGGAGGAUGGGACGCCUCGAAUCAUCUCGUCCUUCAGCGAGAAGGUGGUGAACCCGGGAGAGCAGUUCUCCUUGAUGUGUGCUGCUAAGGGGGCCCCCCCACCCACCAUCACGUGGGCCUUGGACGACGAGCCCAUCCAGCGGGACGGCAGCCACCGCACCAACCAGUACACCAUGUCUGAUGGCACCACCGUCAGCCACAUGAACGUCACCAGCCCACAGAUCAAGGACGGAGGCGUCUACCGAUGUGCCGCGCGGAACUCAGUGGGCAGCGCCGAAUACCAAGCGCGAAUAAACGUAAGAGGCCCCCCCAGCAUCCGUGCCAUGAAGAACAUCACCGCGGUGGCCGGGAGAGACACCUUCAUCAACUGCCGGGUGAUUGGCUACCCCUACUACUCCAUCAAGUGGUACAAGGACUCCCUCCUGCUGCCCGACAACCACCGGCAAGUGGUCUUUGAGAAUGGCACCCUCAAGCUGACAGACGUCCAGAAGGGCAUGGAUGAAGGGGAGUAUCUGUGCAGUGUCCUCAUCCAGCCCCAGCUCUCCAUCAGCCAGAGCGUCCAUGUCAAUGUGAAAGUGCCCCCCCUGAUCCAGCCCUUCGAGUUCCCUCCGGCCUCCAUCGGGCAGCUGCUGUACAUCCCCUGCGUGGUCUCUUCGGGGGACAUGCCCAUCCGCAUCACCUGGAGGAAGGACGGGCAGGUCAUCGUCUCUGGCUCCGGCAUCACCAUCGAGAGCAAGGAGUUCAUGAGCUCCCUGCAGAUCUCCAGUGUCUCUCUCAAGCACAACGGCAACUACACCUGCAUCGCCACCAACGAUGCCGCCACUGUCAGCCGCGAGCGGCAGCUCAUCGUGCGAGUGCCUCCUCGCUUUGUGGUCCAGCCCAACAAUCAGGAUGGGAUCUAUGGCAAAGCCGGAGUGCUGAACUGCUCCGUGGACGGGUAUCCGCCUCCCAAGGUCAUGUGGAAACACGCGAAAGGCAGCGGGAACCCCCAGCAGUACCACCCGGUGCCCCUCACGGGGCGCAUCCAGAUCUUGCCCAACAGCUCCCUGCUGAUCCGGCACGUGCUGGAGGAGGACAUUGGCUACUACCUCUGCCAGGCCAGCAACGGGGUCGGCACAGACAUCAGCAAGUCCAUGUUCCUGACGGUCAAGAUCCCUGCCAUGAUCACCUCUCACCCCAACACCACCAUCGCCAUCAAGGGGCAGGCCAAGGAGUUGAACUGCACGGCCCGUGGCGAGCGGCCCAUCAUCAUCCGCUGGGAGAAAGGAGACACCGUCAUCGACCCAGACCGCAACAUCCGAUAUGCCAUCACCACCAAGGACAAUGGCGACGAGGUGGUCUCCACGCUGAGGCUCAAACCAGCAGACCGUGGGGACUCAGUUUUCUUCUCCUGCCAUGCCAUCAACUCCUACGGUGAAGACAGAGGGCUCAUCCAGCUCACUGUUCAAGAGCCCCCUGACCCUCCAGAGCUGGAGAUCCGAGAGGUGAAAGCUCGCAGCAUGAACUUGCGCUGGACGCAAAGGUUUGAUGGCAACAGCAUCAUCACCGGCUUUGAUAUUGAAUACAAGAAUAAAUCGGAUUCCUGGGAUUUCAAACAAUCCACCCGCAACAUUUCCCCAACCAUCAACCAGGCCAACAUUGUGGACCUUCACCCGGCCUCUGUCUACAGCAUCCGCAUGUAUUCCUUCAACAAGAUCGGCCGGAGUGAACCCAGCAAGGAGCUGACCAUCAGCACAGAGGAAGCAGCUCCUGAUGGGCCCCCCAUGGAUGUCACCUUGCAGCCAGUGACAUCCCAGAGCAUCCAGGUCACCUGGAAGGCCCCCAAGAAGGAGCUGCGGAAUGGGGUGAUCCGUGGCUAUCAGAUUGGCUACCGGGAGAAUAGCCCUGGGAGCAACGGGCAGUACAGCAUCGUGGAGAUGAAGGCGACGGGCGACAGUGAGGUCUACACGCUGGACAACCUGAAGAAGUUUGCGCAGUACGGAGUGGUGGUGCAGGCCUUCAACCGGGCGGGCACCGGCCCCUCGUCCAGCGAGAUCAAUGCCACCACCCUAGAAGAUGUGCCCAGCCAGCCCCCGGACAACGUGCGGGCCCUGUCCAUCACCUCGGACGUGGCGGUGAUCUCCUGGUCUGAGCCUCCGCGGAGCACCCUGAAUGGGGUCCUGAAGGGCUACCGUGUCAUCUUCUGGUCUCUCUACUCGGACGGAGAGUGGGGGGAGAUGCAGAACAUCACCACCACGCGGGAGCGGGCAGAGCUGCGCGGCAUGGAGAAGUUCACCAACUACAGUGUGCAGGUCCUGGCUUACACCCAGGCUGGCGACGGCGUCCGCAGCAACGUCCUGCACAUCCAGACCAAGGAAGACAUUCCAGGCCCUCCUGCAGGGAUCAAGGCCGUCCCUUCCUCUGCCAGCAGCGUGGUGGUCUCCUGGCUGCCUCCCACCAAGCCCAAUGGGGUCAUCCGGAAGUACACCAUCUUCUGCUCCAGCCCGGGCUCCGGGCAGCCGGCACCCAGUGAGUAUGAGACGAGUCCCGAGCAGCUCUUCUACCGCAUCGCACACUUGAAUCGUGGGCAGCAGUACCUGCUGUGGGUGGCGGCCGUGACCUCCGCUGGACGUGGCAACCUCAGUGAGAAGGUCACCAUUGAGCCUGCUGGAAAAGCCCCAGCCAAGAUCAUCUCCUUCGGGGGCACCGUCACCACCCCGUGGAUGAAGGACAUGAGGCUGCCGUGCAGCUCCGUGGGGGAGCCAGCGCCUGCGGUGAAGUGGACCAAGGACAGCGAGGAUUCGGCCAUCCCGGUGACGGUGGAUGGACAUCGCCAGAUCCAGGGCAAUGGCACCCUCGUCCUGCGCUCAGUGAAAGCCGAGGAUUCUGGGUACUACACCUGCACAGCCACCAACACGUGGGGCUUUGACACCAUCAUUGUCAACUUGCUGGUGCAAGUCCCUCCAGACCAGCCCCGGCUGACGGUCUCCAAAACCUCGGCCUCGUCCAUCACUUUGGCCUGGAUCCCCGGGGACAACGGUGGCAGCUCCAUCCGAGGUUUCGUGCUCCAGUACUCCGUGGACAACAGCGAGGAGUGGAAGGACGUCUUCAUCACCUCCACGGAGCGCUCGUUCAAGCUGGACAGCCUGAAAUGUGGGACUUGGUACAAAGUGAAGCUGGCCGCGAAGAACAGUGUUGGAGCUGGGCGCAUCAGUGAGAUAAUUGAGGCGAAGACCCACGGCAGAGAGCCCUCCUUCAGCAAAGACCAGCAUCUCUUUACCCACAUCAACGCCACCCACGCCAGGCUGAACCUGCAAGGCUGGAACAGUGGCGGCUGCCCCAUUCUGGCCGUCCUCCUGGAGUUCCGGCCCAAAGGCACCUGGGUCUGGCAGAGCCUGCGGGCCAAUUUCUCCAGUGACGUCUACCUGACGGAGCUGCGCGAAGCGACCUGGUACGAGCUGCGCCUGAAGGCCUGCAACAGUGCCGGCUGUGGCAACGAGACCGUGCAGUUUUCCACCUUGGACUACGAUGGCAGUACCAUCCCCCCCAUCAAGUCUGCCCAGGGAGAGGGCGACGAUGUGAAGAAGCUCUUCACCAUUGCUUGCCCCGUCAUCCUGGCCACGCUGGGGGUGGCGCUGCUCUUCGUCAUCCGCAAGAAGCGCAGGGAGAGGCGCCUGAAGCGCUUGAGAGAUGCCAAGAGCUUGGCGGAAAUGCUCAUCAGUAAGAAUAACCGGAGUUUUGACACACCAGUGAAGGGCCCCCCACAAGGCCCUCGGCUGCACAUCGACAUCCCCCGGGUCCAGCUCCUCAUUGAGGACAAGGAGGGCAUCAAGCAGAUUGGUGAUGACAAAGCAACCAUCCCAGUGACUGACACAGAAUUCAACCAAGCUGUGAAUCCUCAGAGUUUCUGCACGGGUGUCUCCCUGCACCAUCCGGCACUCAUCCAGAACACCGGCCCUCUGAUAGACAUGUCUGAUAUCCGCCCAGGCACCAACCCAGUUUCCAGAAAAAGUGUCAAGUCUGCACACAGCACCAGGAACAGAUACUCCAGCCAGUGGACCCUCACCAAGUGCCAGGCCUCCACCCCUGCACGGACCCUCACCUCUGACUGGAGAACAGUCGGCUCCCAGCACGGCAUCACCGUGACCGAAAGUGACAGUUACAGUGCCAGCUUGUCUCAGGACACGGACAAAGGGCGCAACAGCAUGGUGUCCACUGAGAGUGCCUCGUCCACAUACGAGGAACUGGCUCGGGCCUACGAACACGCCAAGCUGGAGGAGCAGCUGCAGCAUGCCAAGUUUGAGAUCACGGAGUGCUUCAUCUCGGACAGCUCCUCCGACCAGAUGACCACCGGCACCAACGAGAAUGCCGACAGCAUGACGUCCAUGAGCACCCCCUCGGAGCCAGGGAUCUGCCGCUUCACUGCCUCCCCUCCCAAACCCCAGGAUAUUGACCGCGGCAAGGGGGUAGCAGUGCCCAUCCCCCACCGAGCAAAUAAAAGCGAUUACUGCAACCUGCCUUUGUACAUGAAAUCCGAAACUUUCUUCCGCAAGCCCGAUCUCCACGAGCCCUGCCCCGUGGUGCCCCCCCGCGAGGCCUCCAUCCGGAACCUGGCUCGGGCCUACCAUACCCAAGCCAGACACCUGACCCUGGACCCCAGCAGUAGCAGCAGCAGCAGCAGCAAAGCCUUGGCUGUGCCACAUGCGGCGGCGGCGGCGGCAGCCACGACCACCAGCUUACCUCAGCGGACUCUCGCCAUACCAGGCUCGGCCAGCACGGCCCCUCCCACGGCCCCUCCCCCAGGAGCCGAACCCACGCCUGCCCCCACUGCUGAGCCACGGCUGCCCUCCCACACCAAACUAGGGGGCUCCAGAGACUCACUGCUAGAAAUGAGCACAUCUGGCAUCGGGCGCUCUCAAAAGCAGGGAGCCAGCGCCUACUCAAAGUCCUACACACUGGUGUAGCAAUGGACACAAACCCACACAGACUUGCAUUCUUUUCCUGCAUUAUUUAUAUUGAAAUAAAAGAAGCUCUUGUACAGAAUGGACCUUUUUUUGGUAUAAAUGAAACUAUUUUCUUCUUCUUGAGACUUUGGGUUAGGGGGCAGGAGAGAGGAAUCUGCCAAGGGUGCCGGACAGCAGGAGCCUCUGUUUUUGCUCCCUUUCCCACAUCAUAGGAGAAGGGGUGCAAAAGCAGGCCAUGCGUACGCUCUCUGUCCUCUCUUCCCCCUCUUCCCUGAUCAAGCGACCCUGUUGGUUUUGAAGGGGCUCCUUUGAGACAUUGCAUGACGUUGUACUGUUUGGAAAACCUGGGACUUGCUUCCAUUUGCAUCUGCCUCUGUGUUAAUACCUUUUUCUAUAAAAAUGAAGAGCCAGCGCAGUGUGCAAUAAAGGUUAUGUUUCUAUAA